AUGUCUUACCUACAAGAAACGUUUGAAGAACGCUGUCACACCACAGGGGCACCAAGUCACCUUUCGUUUUUCACCGCAUCAAUAUCGAUUCUACUUUUAGUUACAAAUAUCCCUGGGAACCUCCUUCUAAUCCUUGCUGUAGCCUUUGAUCCUCAUAAAAACCUCCGGAGCCCGUUUAACUAUCUCAUGUCAAAUCUAGCCGUCGCUGACCUCAUAGUUGGUUUAGUGACUGGACCGUUGUCAGUCAACUAUCAUAUUAAGGAAGGUCUGUAUGGGCGGCUAUCUAUUGGGGAAAUCAGACUGUUUCAUAUGAGUUACUUUGUGUCAUGCACGGCGAGUAUUCUGAGCCUGGCGUCACUAGCAACCGAACGAUACCUCGCUAUGAGAAAUCCCCACAACUAUCGCAACAAGUUAACCCGAAAGAGAAUCCUCAUGACCGUCAUUUUAAUAUGGCUCGUAUCCUUCACACUACCUUUCAUAUAUUUUGAAGUGGGGUCUAUAACUUGUGCAUUUAUACUGGCAAACACUACAGUCUUUCUAGCUCUCGGUAUCCGAUGUGUUUCACUUACGAGCGCGCAGAAGGCAAAAAAGAAAAAUAAUGAUCUGUGUUGCGUGGUCAGUAAAGAUCACCAGGACAACAGUAGGCAUGGCGACAAGACGAAUAAACAUAACGUCAUCAGUAAGGCCAACGACUGUCGCCGUGACAAAACGGUUCGCAUGGAAACCAAAGUCACAAAAAUGUUUCUGGUUGUCAUGGCAGCAGUGCUUGGCUGCUAUGGUCCUUCCGCCAUAUUUAUUUACACGAUGAGUUUUUGCGAAACAUGCAGCUGCGAGGCUUUCCAUUGGUUUAGAGAUUUGCAGUUCUUGUUUGUGCUUCUCAAUUCGUCUGUGAAUUUCUUUUGCUUGGUUAAGGUCGCGAAGUUUCGGAAGGCGUUUGCAACAAUCUUGAGGUUACCAAUUUGCAGGAAAUUCCAUGACUAUGUCAACUCCGUCUUCAGAAAAUCGAGUUCCAAAAAGCCUAAAGAUCAAAAGUGCUUUCUGAUGUUUAAACAUUUAUUUACGAUUAUCAAAUCAUAA